AAAAUAAAAACUAUAAAUAAUAAUAAAUUACUAUAUUUAUUUUUUUCUCUUAUUAUUUCUCGAUCAAUCAAUCAGCCACAAUAAUGGAGAUGAAGAAGCUUGCUUGUGCCGUCAUCUUCGCCGUCGCCUCUGUCAGCGUCGUCAUGGCAAACGUGCUGCCGGCCGUUUCUACCCAAGCCGGCACCACUCCGGAGGCCUCUCCCGCCAUCACCGUCACCAGCACUCCGGCCGCAGCUCCGGGCCCGUCAAGCGGAUCGGCUGGUCUUGUUCCUUUGGUCGGCGCCACCGUUCUCUCCUUCGUUGCCUGCUACAUGCAUUUCUAAGCCAUGAACAGCUUGAUCAUUGCGUGAAUUGAAGGGAAAAGGAGGAAAACGCAAAAGGAUAUAAGUGGUAUAUACAUUUAAACAUUAUAUUUAUAUGCACACACGCACGUGUGUGUCAAAAACAUUUAUUUAUUUGUUUUUCUUUUUGGUCAAGACAUUAUUUAUUUGUUA